GAACACAGAGCGCGGCCGGGACAAAGGGGCAGGCCAGACAGCCGUGACAGAGAAACUAGGCGGUCCGCUCCUGGGACGCGGUCUCGGGGGCGGGUUCGCCCCUGAGGCCCGGUGACCCUUCGCCCGCAACCAGGGCUAGCGCGUGUGUGCGCCCACGGAAGCACCCGAGCGACCGGAGAAAGAAAAAGGGGUCAAGGGGACCUCCUUCCAGCUCUACGCGCCUCUCAUUCAGAGAGGUGAGGUCAGGAAAGGGGAAGGACGAAGCCCCAGAGCAACAGAAGUCAGGCGGUGCCAGGAACACUGAGGGCGGAGCCAGGGGAAGGCGGCCGAGCGCGGCCCCCUCUCCUCCCGGGCCGGGGCGGGCCCGAGGCCUCGAUCCGCCUUCCCCGCGCCGUCCUGGUCACGGCCCCGCGGGGCAGCCAUGCCUGGCCGUCUGCUGCGGGGCCUGUGGCAGCGAUGGCGCCGUUACAAGUACCGCUUCGUUCCCUGGAUCGCACUGAACCUAAGCCACAACCCGAGGACCCUCCGAUAUGUUCCAGAGGAAUCCAAAGACAAAGUUAUCUCAGAUGAAGAUGUCCUAGGAACAUUACUGAAAGUUUUCCAGGCUCUAUUCUUAAAUGAUUUCAAUAAACAAUCAGAAAUCUUGACUAUGCUUCCAGAAUCUGUUAAAUCAAAAUAUCAAGACCUACUGGCAGUUGAACAUCAAGGGGUGAAACUGCUUGAAAACAGACAUCAACAGCAAAGUACCUUUAAACCAGAAGAAAUUCUUUACAAGACUUUGGGUUUCAGUGUUGCCCAAGCAACUAGCUCAUUGAUUUCUGCUGGAAAAGGUGUCUUCGUUACUAAAGGAUUGGUACCAAAAGGCGCAGUCGUAUCUAUGUAUCCUGGUACAGUAUAUCAGAAGUAUGAGCCGAUCUUUUUCCAGUCCAUUGGAAAUCCGUUUAUUUUUAGAUGCCUGGAUGGGGUACUCAUUGAUGGGAAUGACAAAGGGAUAUCAAAAGUUGUGUACAGAUCUUGCAAUGGGAGGGAUCGACUCGGCCCUUUAAAAAUGAGUGAUAGUACAUGGCUAACGUCAGAAAUUCAUAACCCUCUGGCUGUGGGACAGUAUGUCAACAAUUGUUCCAAUGACAGAGCAGCUAAUGUCUGUUAUCAGGAAUUUGAUGUGCCUGCAGUUUUCCCUAUAGAACUGAAGCAGUAUCUUCCAAACAUUGCCUACAGCUAUGACAAACAAAGCCCACUUCGAUGUGUUGUUCUUGUCGCACUUAGGGACAUCAAUCAAGGAGAAGAGCUUUUUUCAAACUACUACACAAUUGUCAGCUAACUCUGUGAAUCAGAAAUUAUUAGGUUUUCUACUCAGCUAUUAAUUCUAAGUGUUUUUUGUUAAUCACUUCUCUGAGUUCUACCUGUAAAACAAAUAUUUUGAGACUUAAUUGGAAUAGGAAUUUCUUAUGUUUUUGUUGAUAUUAUAUUUAUGUUCCAAUUUCAUGAUGAAAGCUACUUGCUUCAUUACAAUUUCAAAUUUGUAAUGCAAUUCCAAGUUUAAUUGGUUUUCACCUAAAUACACAAUAGCUUAUUAAAUUAAAACCUACUCUUUGAACUUAUAAUUUCAAUUUUUCUUUUGUUUAUUUUGUAAGCUCUGUGGUGGUUUAUAAAAUUGUAGCCAGUCAUCAGCAGUUCUUGUAGUACUGCUGAUGUGUACAAACUUCUGUAAAAACUUUAUUUUUACAGAAUUGAGUAAAAAAUACCUAUUGUGUUGCCAUGAGUAAAUUGGUGUGUCUAUGUAUAAUGUAAAGAUUGCUCUAGCUGGGUAAGGGGAAAAUGUGAGGUCAUUAUUACUAUUUUCUUUACUCUUUGAACAUUUUCACACCAAAGAAAAGGUGGAAAAAAAGUGCAAGAUAGUGUUGGUGGGAGGAACACUUAUUCCCCGUGUCUCAUGUCUUCAUGUGGAGGGCUUCCACUGGUUAAUGUUCCUAGCCUCUCUCUCCACCCACUGGAGGGAGAGUGACUCCCUGAUUAUGUUUGGAGAAUAACUAGGCACCCAUGUCCUAUAUACCCUUCUAGUUCCUUCCCUGUGGACUCUGGCUGCCAGCAGAAAGAAUGUGUCCUGGCAGUUCUCUGCCUUGUGCAGAGAAUAGCCUGUAGCCAGCCCAGCCAGUGACAGAGUGAGUCCAGAGGUGUAAUAUAUUGGCAGGCCAACCUGGCUGCAGCCCUGAAGCUACCUUCCCCAGUUUUAUUAGCAAUAGUUACUUUGACCUCCAUCGACCUGACUCCAGCCCUCUCAGUUCCAAACUUGGAUAGGAAGGAGGGUGUUCUUUACUGGAUCCCUCAAAAAUUCAUGGAACCUAUAUGACCAGAUUCUGAUUACCUUCACUUCCUUACCACCAGCUUUACUCACCUAGUUUAUUGCGAUUUCAGUAGCCUCUCAAUUGCCUUCCUUGUUUCCACUCCUGUCCCCCUUACAGAACAUAUCACCAAGUGUGAUUCUUUUAAAUGAAAGUCAGGUAUUGACAUACCUCUGCUCAAAACCCUCUCCCUAUCAUGGAGUAAAUGCUGAAGUCCUUCACAUGGAUAACCUGCUCAUGACCUCAAGAGCUCCUCUCCUUUCUCCCCUUGCUCACUCCAUCCCAACCCACACCUGCCUCCUGGCCACUCCCCAAACCUGCCAGGCACAUUCCCAACCAAGGACUUUUGCACUUAGUUCUCUCUGCCUGUAAACAUCUUCCCCCAGACAGCCACAUAGCUUGUUCUCUCCCUUCCUGUCACCUCAGUGAGGAGCGUUGCCUCAUCACCCCACUGAAAUUUACAAUCCCUCACUGCUCCCAACCCUGACAUAUUCCUCAUUCUCUUUAGCACUUACCACCAGCAAGCUCAAAAAGCGUACCAUAGAUGGAAAUUAUGGCCAAAAUGACUUCUAGUAACACAGAUGUACUAGAGAUUAUCCUGCUUCCACAGGCUUUUCCGUCUCCUAAAGCCUGAAAAUACUCUGAGCUCUCACAUGGCACAUUGUUGCAUUCUUGCUGUAUUCGGAAUAUGUGUGCUUGUCCCUGCUCUGAAGGCACUUCUGUGCAUGUGUCCACCACAGAGCCCUAUGUGCUAAGGUCCUUUCGUGUCUGACAAGGAGGGGAUGUGGUUUUAGUCAAGUAACCAAAGCAGAGGAGUCAAGAUUUUUGCUUUCCUUUUAUCCCCUUCUUGGCCUUGUACAAACUUUGGAUAUUAUGGGCAAGCUGAUCACUGCGUCUUAAAAA